UGAGCCAAGAUGGCGCCGUCCGGCUUUCUGUGGCUCUUGGCUGCGGCGCUCCUACCCUGGUCCUGCCAAGCUCGAGCGCUGGGGAGUCUCGACCCGCCCGCGCCGUUGCCGCUGGUGAUCUGGCAUGGGAUGGGAGACAGCUGCUGUAAUCCCUUGAGUAUGGGUGCUAUUAAAAAAAUGGUUGAAGAGAAAAUACCUGGAAUUUAUGUUUUGUCUUUAGAGAUUGGGAAGAACAUCAAAGAGGACAUGGAGAACAGCUUCUUCUUGAAUGUCAACUCCCAAGUAAGGACAGUGUGUCAGAUUCUUGCCAAUGAUCCUAAACUGCAGCAAGGCUACAAUGCUAUGGGAUUCUCCCAGGGAGGCCAGUUUCUGAGAGCAGUGGUUCAGAGAUGCCCAUCACCUCCUAUGAUCAGUCUGAUCACAUUUGGGGCACAGCAUCAAGGUGUUUUUGGAUUCCCUCGAUGCCCAGGAGAGACCUCUCACAUCUGUGACUUCAUCCGAAAAACACUGAAUACUGCAGCUUACUCCAAAGUUGUUCAGGAACGUCUGGUGCAAGCAGAAUACUGGCAUGAUCCCAUAAAUGAGGAUGUGUAUCGCAAACACAGCAUUUUCCUGGCAGAUAUAAAUCAGGAAAGGAGUGUCAAUGAGUCCUACAAGAAAAACCUGAUGGCCCUAAAGAAGUUUGUGAUGGUGAAAUUCCUCAAUGAUAGCAUUGUGGACCCCGUAGACUCUGAGUGGUUUGGAUUUUACAAAAGUGGUCAAGGCAAAGAGACUAUUCCCCUACAGGAAACUACUUUGUAUACAGAGGACCGCCUGGGGCUAAAGGAAAUGGACAAAGCUGGAAAGCUAGUGUUUCUGGCUACAGAAGGAGACCAUCUUCAGCUGUCUAACAAAUGGUUUUAUGCUCACAUCCUACCCUUCCUUAAAUGAAGCCCUCGAAGUUUCUAGCAGAGCUCAGGGCAUCCCUAACUCUUCCAAGUCACUUGAAAGUUUCCUUCCUGGCCAAUCCUGAGCUCAGAUCAGCUUGCAACUAAUCCUCUUCUGUUAUCAUCUAGCAUGCCCUACUUGGAAAGAUCGAAGAUCUGAAUCUUAUCCUUUACUGCCUCCUAUCACCAUAUGGUGUUGAGUUCAAGUUUAAUUAGUUAAUAACAAGGGAGAUUGUUUUACGAACUUGUGAUGUGAUCAAGCUGUUUCAGGAAAGGGAGUUUGCUGUGCAUUGGUGCCAGAAUUGUGUCCAGGGCCAGGGGUGACUGAACAAACGAGUGAGGGGAAACAUCUGACCACAUUUGAGGCAAAUAGAAGGCCAUGGGACCGGGGAGAUGGCUCUGUAGAAUAAGCGCUGCCCUGGAAAGCACAAGGGCCCAAGUUCAAUCCAUGGUUCCGAAAAAAAAAAAAAAAAAAAAAAAAAAAAAGCCAGGACCAAGGCAUGAGGUACUACACAAAUACCAUCUCAGUGUUACUAAUGGGAGAUUUAACUAGUGCUCAAAAGGUAUCAUUUGGAGAGUUUCUGUGUAAUUUAAGGCUGUUUCCUGGUAUCUUAGCAGUUACUAGACAGAUACAUCCAGCCUGCCAUCUUCCCUCUCCAUAGCCCAUUUUGUCUUCUCAGGUGGUGAUAAAUUAGUUGCUAUUACAAAAGGAGAGAAGUAGCUCUCAAUGGGGAUUGCUUUGGAACAGAAACAUACAGCUUACAUAAAUUAAGACAUUGGGGAUGGGGUGAUGAUGUACUAGCCUGGGGUGAAAAUGAGGUGGUUGGUGUUUCCUGCUCCUUCAUUAUGAUCUACCCUUACAGUGCACCUAGAAGCCUGGUUGCUAAGUCACUGUGGCUGUCUUUAGCAAAGAAAUAGGGGGACAAUGUAGAGACCAGGCUUUCUAAAUUGUCUCCCAAAGCCUCACUUACCAGCUUCCUCUAAAAUAACGCUGUGCUGUGAGAAAAAAAAAAAAACACUUGAAGAGGCAGGAAGCUUGUGAGUACAGCUGGGGCAACUUUGAGCUGGGGUCUUGUUUUGUGUCAGGCUGGCAUCAGAUUUGUGAUCCUCAUGUCUCCAUUUCCCAAGUGUUGUCAGGUAGCUCAUCUUGGGCAGUCUGAACCAAUAUCCCCUAUCUCAAAAUAUAAAGGGUUGAGUGUGUAACUCAGUUGUAGAGUGCUUUCCCAGGAUGACAAGGCCCGGAUUUGAUUCCCAGGACCUCAAAAAAAAAAAAAA